AAUAAAUAGAAGAAAAAACAACACGUGUAUAUUGGUUCCGAUCACACUAAAUGUAAUCUGUUGUAAUACGAGAGAAAAUAUAUUUCUUCCUUUUGAUGGGUGUAUAGUGUACAUUGUAACACAAGAUGUGAGGAGUUGAAAAAAUAUUGAAAGUUUUGCUGCAGAGGACUGACCACAUCUCUUCACCAUGGCAAUAAAUGUUGUUGGAUUAGUUGUGCUGUUGUUGUUUUACAUUGUGAUUCUAGUUGUUGGUAUUGUGGCAGCUCGUCGUAAAAAGAGGUCCACCAGUAUGACAGCAAUGGAAUCGUCCAUUGUAGCAGGAAGAGAUAUAAGUACAGCUGUUGGAAUAUUUACUAUGACAGCAACAACAGUUGGAGGAGGUUACAUAAAUGGAACAGCAGAAUCUAUAGCAACAAGUGGUCUUGUAUGGACCUUAGCACCAUUUGGAAUAUUUAUUGGUCUUAUUGUGGGUGGUUUGGUGUUUGCCAAGAAAAUGAGGGACCAGAAUUACUUAACAAUGUUGGACCCUUUCCAAGAGGUAUAUGGUAAUACUUUGGUGUUUAUGGUCUACCUAGCAUCAUUAUGUGGAGAUAUUUUCUGGACUGCAUCAAUUUUAUCAGCAUUAGGUACAAGCUUGAGUGUGAUUGUGAACAUUCCAUUGACUGUUGCCAUAGUAACAUCAUCAGCAGUAACUAUUAUUUACACUAUGAUUGGUCAAAUGGUUUCAGUAGCAUAUACAGACAUAGUGCAGUUAAUAUUUAUUACAUUUGGAUUGGUUCUGAGUUUGCCAUUUAUACUGACCAAUGAAAAUGUUGGAGACAUUUGUCAAACAUCUGAGACUUGGAUUGGCUCUUUUGAUAUUUCAUUUGCUGGUCAGUGGUGGGAUCUCUUUGUUGCCAUGACACUAGGUACAAUUCCAUGGCAGGCUUAUUUCCAGAGAGUGCUAUCAGUGAGGUCAGGAAGGCAGGCCCAGAUCUUGUCUGUGGUUGGAGCAUGCAGUGCUGUUAUUCUUGUGAUUCCAUCUAUUAUAAUAGGAGCUGUGGCUACAAAUGCAGAUUGGAAUAAGACCAGUCUUGGACAGUCACCUAUGGAGCUGAACAUGGGCAGUAUGGUACUUCCCCUUGUUUUACAGAAUUUUACUCCAAAUGUUGUAGCAGUGAUUGGUUUAGGAGCCAUUUCUGCUGCAGUAAUGUCAUCAAUGGAUAGUUCCAUACUGGGAUCAAGUUCAAUGUUCACAUACAAUAUUUAUGCUCAUCUGUUUAGAACAAAGGCAUCUGACAGUGAGUUGCUAUGGAUACAGAGGUUAGCCAUUUUAUUUGUUGGAUCCUUGGCAACAGUAAUAUCAAUCUUUGUUCCAAUAGUGUAUGGAUUAUUUAUCUUAGCAGCUGACAUUGUAUUUGUGAUUGUACUGCCUCAAUUAAUAUGUGCUGUAUAUUUUAAAUGGACGAACAGUUAUGGUGCGAUCGUUGGAUAUCUAGUGGGCGUAACAUUAAGAGUAGGAGCAGGAGAACCUACAAUCAGCUUGCCAGCAUUUAUUUAUUAUCCAGAUUAUGAUGUGGAUUCUGGUCAAAAUUUUCCAUUUCGAACAUUUUCCAUGGUGACUUCAUUAUUGUGUGUUGUCAUUGUUUCCAUAGUGACUACUUAUAUAGAGAAAAAUGUGAUGUCUAAGACUGAGUACAAACUGGCAGCCGCCAAUGUAUCAACGACAAGUAGUAAACAGUUGUUACAAUUACAAACAAUGGACAAUGCAAGUUGAGGGGUAAUCUCAGGGAUAUAAUAUGCUGUUGAUCAGUAACUUUAUACCAUUUCUAUAGUGAAGUUCUU